AUGGCCAGACUAAAUACCGCCAAUCCUCUGGUCUACGGCACCCCUCACAGGGGAAGCAAGGACACUCCAUGUAUAUCCAAUCCCGACAGCCAGUCACCAUCGAACCAGCCAUACCCCAACACCACAAAGUCCCCAAACAAGCACGAUGCACCAAAACCACCAAACCAAAACAGACGACAACUAGCGAGAUCCAGCACCUUGUUCAAUAUAUUACCAGACGACGAGUCCGCAUCGGAGAGUGAAAUCGGCAAUCAACCCACUGGAAAGCAGAAACGACCACGAACGCUCGGAAUCGCACGAGUGAACUCGCUCCUUUUACCGAAAACACAGAGGCCCAGACCGACCUUCAUGCGGACCGCCGGGUACGACAAGGAAAACGACGUACCAGAACACUCCACGGAUGAACACCGUUCACCUGGUUUAACAUCAACCAGACAACCACCCACCAGACGACAUGCUUCUCAAACGCCAAGUAGAAGCAGAGCAAGAGAAAUGGACAGGAGACAGCCAAUGCACGAAGACCAAGAAGAGGAAUCUGACCAACAGAGCCUUGACGACAGCUUGGGCUCACUAGAUGAUUUCAUCGUUAGUGAUAAUGAAGAGCCCAGCUCUCACGAGGAAUCCGAUCAUGAAACACCCGAUACAGAAGAAGAACCUACCCCGCCGCCAUCCCCCGUACGGUCUCCCCGUAAGAGACUGAUGCGCGGAAGAAGGCCGCCCUCGGAGACUGAGCCUACAACGACCACGACAACGCCACCAUCAAGAGAGUCAGAACGGUCAAAAACACCCGACAACAGGUCGAGGGCAGCUACACCUGAGGAACUCACAACAAGCCCCGUUCUCGAGUCAAAGCGAGAAUCUGUUGGAUAUGAAGUAAAAAUCCCCGAGUACCUGAAUGUCUCCAUAAAUCCAUCUCAUUCGCGACUGCGUAACUCCGACGACCUCAUCCAGCAUCUCGAAGACCUUGAUUUAUCAAGUGAUGAGGAGGAUACCCCACAGCCAGAAGCAUCGAUGCCAAUAUUGGACUCUGAAGAAGAUCUGUCAUCAAGUGUUCCGCCAGGUCGCAAGCACUCAACGCCGCCGCUCACAGCAUCAACGGCGCGGGCCAAGGAUACACCCCCAACCACUAUAAGAGCCCAGAAGAAAGCCGAGGCGGCACGAAAACGCGAGCUUCGUGCUCAAGUGGCCGAAUUCAACGAGAACAAAAUUGGAUUUGCCGAAGAAUUCCUCCAGCACUUGGAUGGCAUAUUCGAUGGUCGUAUUGCCAGCAUGACCAAAGACACCGGCGGAAUCAAACUCAUAUGGACCAAGAAUUUCAGGAACACUGCUGGUCGAGCAACUGUUCGGUCAGAACGAGUGUUCACGAGAGAAGGCGGCGUCGAAGAUCCCGGGCGCCGACGUUACAACGCUACCAUUGAACUGUCAGAGAAAGUCCUGGACACCGAGGACAAGAUCCUGUGCACCUUAACACACGAGUAUUGCCAUUUGCUCGACAUUCUCAUCACUGAAAACAGGGGGAAGGGUGCGGCGCAGCACGGCGUCAGCUUCAAGCAGUGGGGUGCUCGAUGCACACAGGCUCUAAAAGACCAUCCUGUCUAUGGAGGUCGAGUGGAAGUCACAACCAAACAUACUUAUGAGAUCAACCACAAGUAUGUUUGGGCUUGCGUAGGAUUGGGAUGCCCCUUUGAGGUCGGGCGCCAUUCAAAGAGUGUGGAUCCGGUCCGUCAUCGCUGUGGCCGUUGCAGAGGCUAUCUCAAACAAAUCAAGCCUGUGCCUCGCGCUCCCCCAAAAAGACUAUUGGAAAAGUGGUGA